AUGCCUGUGAGGGAGAAGUGGCGAUACUGGACGCUACGAACACGACACGUGCUCGCCGACGUUUCCUCAUCGAGUAUGGCCAGCGCCCAGAGCUAUCCCAAAGCUUCCGUGUGUUUUUCGUUGAAAGUGUCUGCGAUGAUCCGGACAUCAUCAAUUCGAACAUUACGGAAGUCAAGAUCAACUCUCCUGAUUACAAAGGGUAAAAUGACGCAAGAACAAGCUAAAGAGGACUUUGUCAAAAGGAUUGAGAACUAUAGACUACAAUAUGAACCGAUAGAUGAGGACACUGACGACGAAUUAUCUUUUAUCAAGGUGAUAAAUGCUGGAAAAUCGUUCUACGUCCACAAUGUGAAAGGUCAUAUUCAAAGUAGGGUUGUGUAUUUUCUUAUGAAUAUCCAUCUGCUACCACGUAGUAUCUACCUCACUCGUCAUGGCGAAAGCGAAUACAACCAGAUUGGACGAUUAGGAGGGGACAGUCCAUUGAGUGAAAAUGGCCUCAAAUAUGCUCAUAAACUUCACGAGUACUUUAAGAAUGAAGCUCUGAAAGACUUGAGAGUGUGGUCUUCACAGAAGAUACGUGCUGCUCAAACGGCCACCUGCAUGCGCGAUCUAGCCACGCAUGUUGAAUACUGGAAAGUUUUAGAUGAAAUUGAUGCGGGCAUCUGUGAAGGCUUGACUUAUGAAGACUUCGAAGAACGAUACCCGAUGCAGUUCGCCGAACGAGAUCGAGAUAAAUAUCAUUACAGAUAUCCAAGUGGUGAAAGCUAUGAAGAUCUGGUGGCACGACUUGAACCUGUAAUCAUGGAGCUUGAACGCCAAUCUGAUGUUCUCGUUAUUUCUCACCAGGCCGUUCUUCGUUGUAUCUUGGCGUAUUUUACCAACAAAAAUCGGGAAGAUUUGCCAUACCUCAAAGUUCCACUUCACACUGUGAUUAAACUCACACCGAAAGCGUACUCAUGUGAAGUGGAACUAUUCAAAUUUGAUAUACAAGCAGUUAAUACGUAUCGGGAGAAACCUGGACAUCCGAGCGCUGGAGAUCUAUCACCAAGUGUGGCCAGCUCACGAUUGCUUUCAGGAAUGGUCAAUAUAGCUGCGCUGCGAAUAGCACCAGAGAAACAAUUUGCUGGACAAUUACCUGGUGAACGAGUAGAAAUCAUUGAUAAAAAUAUCGGUUACAUGUCUCCGAUUGGUAAAAUUUUUGGUCGAGUAUACAUAACAAGGUACCGAAUGAGAUUUGAAGGCAGCGAUGACAUUUGUCAAUUUGACGUGCCUCUGGGUUGUAUCUACAGGGUAGAGAAAGUCGGACAUUCCACUGUAAGUCGGGGUGAACAUGCAUACGGCUUACUGAUUGCAUGCAAGGAUAUGCGAACGAUACGGUUCAUCUGUCACCCUGCUAGCCAUAGUAGGCGCCCGUUAUAUGAUGCUUUGCUUCGCUAUGCAUUCCCUCUUACGAAUAAACUGCCACUCUACGCAUUUGUGUACGCGGCAUCACUACGAGAGUCACCGUCUACCUCACGGCAGCCCGUGAACGGAUGGACGUUGUAUGAUGCAAAAGUAGAGCUGAAAAGGCUCGGUGUACCGAAUGAUCAGUGGACCUUAACUGCAGUUAAUCAGUACUACGAUUUCGCGGACACAUAUCCCAGAUUGUUGGCCAUACCUGCGGCUGUGGAGGCGAAAGGCCGUGAGUUUCUAGAAAGGGUUGGUGAAUAUCGUAGCCGGCAACGGAUUCCGGUGUUAAGUUGGUUACAUCCAACCACACAAGCGUCAAUCACCCGUUGUGCGCAACCAAUGUCAGGCAUGACUAAUAGGAAGUGUACCGAGGAUGAGUGGUUUCUGAAGCAGAUUGUCAUGGCGAAUGCAGAUUCCCAUCACCUGCUCAUUUUUGACGCCCGUCCAGUUGUAAAUGCCAAGGUGAAUAAGGCUAAAGGCGGAGGAUACGAAGAGUCUUAUGAAGAAUGUUCGUUGGUGUUUCUCAACAUUCAUAAUAUACACGUUGUGCGAGAAUCGGUGCGAGUUCAUUCUUUUUCUUAUGGUUUAUCAUCAAUUUUACGGAAGUAUGAAAAGCUGCUUGUAACCCUCGUGUUAGUUGAGACGAAUUAUUUGAAGGAGCAAUUGGAUGAUUCUAAAUGGCCUCAAUUCAAUAAUUACACGAAUCGAAGUUCGGUACUUGUUCACUGCUCAGAUGGAUGGGAUCGCACGGCUCAGCUAACAUCUUUGGCCAUGCUACAACUGGAUCCAUAUUAUCGUACAAUCAAUGGAUUCGCUGUCUUGAUAGAAAAAGAAUGGUGUAGCUUCGGUCAUAAAUUUGGACAUCGGAUAGGUCACGGCGAAGACAAGCCAAAUGAUGGUGAACGAUCUCCGGUUUUUGUACAGUUCAUCGACUGUGUGUGGCAGCUUCUUCAGCAGUACGACUGUCACUUCGAGUUCAAUUCCUUCUUCCUCAUCGCGAUACUGGAUGAGCUAUAUGCAUGUAGAUUUGGUACAUUUUUGUAUAAUAGCGAGAAACAACGUCUGGUUGACAAUAAGUGCACGAAAGAAACUGUGUCUUUGUGGACCCAUUUACUUGAAAAUAAGAGGUUAUAUUUGAAUCCGUUGUAUAAUAAAGGUGACCAGCGUAAUGUACUCAUCAUGAAUUCCUCAAUGCGCGUAUUACGUGUUUGGACGGAGUAUUAUGCAAGAUAUAAUCCAUUUGUGAUUGCACCCGGUUCAAUGGCUGCCAAACGUCAUGCAAUUGAGCGAGCACUUGCUAAAAGAGCUAUUCUGGAGGAACUAGUAAAAGAUGAACUUUCUCAAGAAUGA